AGUCCAAAUCCCUACUCUCUCUCUCUCUCACACACACAGUAAAAAAGCAGAAAUUCUAGAGUCUAGACCCCCCACCCCACCAGUCAUCAGCCUAAUAAGAAAACCAGCUUUACAAAUCAGACACACACACAUCUCUCUCUCUCUCUCUCUUGCUGGCUCAAAGAUUUCAUUUGAGGGAAAGAUCGAGUUUUUAUUUCAUUUGAGAAAAAGGGAGUGAAAAAUGAGUGAAGACUCAAAAAGGGGCAGUGGCGGAGCACUGGUGCCGCCGCUGAUUUCCUCCGCCGAUGAUCGGAAAUCUUCCUCUGGAUCGAGCCCUGCCAAGAAAGUUAUCAUAAAGAGCGCAGACAUGAAGGAGGACAUGCAGAAAGAAGCCGUCGACGUUGCUGUUGCUGCGUUUGAAAUGCAUAAUGUAGAGAAGGAUGUAGCGGAGCACAUAAAGAAGAUGUUUGACAAGAAAUACGGCCCCACUUGGCAUUGCAUUGUUGGCAAGAAUUUUGAUCUUCCUUCUAAUUUCCAUUUCUUUGAGAGGCUAGCACUACAGGUCAUCAAUUUUCCACUUCCCCGAUUAAGAAGUUGACGUGUGACAAAGGGCUAUAUAGACAAACUAUCCCACAUAGAUAAUUGAAGUAGAAAUUGUAAACCACUUCCAAAUAUAAUUCUUAUUGACUCUAGAACAACAGGAAUGUAAUCUAUAGUGGGAAUUGACAUUUGCACUACUUCAUUUAUUUAGAGCUCUAUGUUCCUGAGAAAGCAUGAGGCUCAAAAUCCAGAAGCUUGACUUAACUCACUAGUUAGGUCUGUACUUCUUUUCUUGUGCCAUACUUGUGCUGCUUAAUUCACUGCUACUUAUUAAGAGUAUUGCUCGGUAGCAAGGUGUAUGCUACCAUUUGUUGGUAAUUUUGGAAUGUGUUAACUCCAGAUGAGACACUCUAUCCUGG